CGAUUCUUUUUCUGGACUCGACCAUUAAACCUCGACUGGCUGCUCAAUUGCAGAUUACAAGUAUCAUUUACCUUGUUGCCUACUUAGCCUUGAUCGUGAAUAUCCUUGUUUAUCCAAGUUCCAACUCAAGCCUGACUCCACUUACCCUGGUUGUUGUCGCGUCGAUCGGCAUUGAAAUUCAUCGUCGAUUAUUCCCCGCAGUGCCGAUCGUCUUCGCUACGUAAGAGAAGAAAAAAACCUCUUACCUCCGCUCUUCCGUGUCCCCCUCGCGACAUUACCUUAAACAACUCAAUUGACGCCUCCUCCUCCUAUACAACACACUAAAUACAACCAAUUCCACCGGUCGCGGUAGCUUCAAACUGCGCGCUCCCUCAGUUCACCCACCAACCACCCCCGGUCCCUCCAAGCGCCCGGGCCCUGACGCAGGUACCAAGUGGCUAUAAGUCCACGUCCCGGCGCUUCGCCCGCCCCUCACCCCCGUCAUUGGUUGUUCUUGUCGCUCUGCAGUGUGUCUGGAAUUUAGCCCGCGGUUCCUGAAGCAUCCGCGUCCGACCUGCACACUCGAAACGGUGACAGGCUGGGUUAUUCCAGUGUCGGCCACUGUCACACAAACAUCUCGAGUCCAAUUCUCCACUUGGGGCCAUGACAUGGUGAUUUGUUAUUGCACCCUGCUCUAGCCUCCAAGGCUCGUUGCUUUGAACCCGAUUGCCCACCUGAAACGCGUCUCGGCGAUUUAUUCUUAGACCUGUCAUUGGCUUGGAACUGGGGCUUGCUUGGGGGCUCCUCCUGAAACAGGUACGGCGUGUGCUGCAGCGCCAGCGCUGUGUGUCGGCUGUAAUUAUAGAAACAGGUGCUUUUGUUGUUAUUGUUGACUGUUGACGGUUAGCUGUCUAGACUGGUCUCUCGGCGGCUCUCAUUCUUCUCGUCUUAUAUUUGAUUCUUGCGCCAGCCUCCUCGACUCUCUGUGUUUUCUCUUUGAUCGUUGUUCUUUCCUUGUAUCAAGCUUGACUCGACUUCUUUUCCUUUCUUUCUUUUUUGUCUUGCAUUUACAUUCGUUUCUUUUCUGUACUAUAUUGGGGGUGUUCUACUCUAUCCUUUCGUUUCAUCUUUCGUUCGACCAGCAUUACUCUUGCAUCCUGUCCUCUCUUUUGACUGUUGACCGACCUUUCUUUUUAUCUCUUUCGCUCUGCAUAUUUUCCUAUACUAUUCCUUGCAUCUGCCGGUCUGGUGAACCUGGCUCUUUCUUUACAGCGAUUCUUGCAUUGCGAUGACCUCGACCACCCUCAUGACUUUCUUAUUGACAACCAACCCCGAGAUCCGAUCGGUCAAGCUGCUCGGGUCAUGGGAUAAUUUCACAAAGCCUUAUCCUAUGGAGAGGGACAGGCGGGUUGGACCGGGCCAAUGGCGUGGAUGUCACACAUUUACGGAUAUUAUCGGAGAUGGGCCGCCUGGUGACAGGUCCCAAUGGCGUACGGGAGGUCUGAAGAUGGGCGCCACUUACUGGUACUAUUACUUGCUGGACAAUGACGUGGAAUACUUCAGUCAGGCCGAGCCUGUCACAACUAAAUGUCCUUUCCUGCCAGGGCAGCCUGUGAACGUGCUAAAUGUGCCAAUCAUCCUUCCUGAUAGCUCCCACACACGUUCGAGUAGCAGCAGCUCGCAAAAGUCCAACUACCGGACAAUGAACCCCGAGGACAAGUUCAUGAACCCGCGAAAGCCGCCAAAGCCCAGCUUGGCACGCCUGCAGACCUCCGUGCCUUACCCUCAAAAUCUCAAUCCGGCCAGUACUUCCCCGGGUUUAGUUCAUCGCAGUGCCUCCCAGCCAAAUAGUGCCACGCGCAAGUACCAUCAUGGAAAGGAUGCUCGUUCUGUCUCGCCUCCGCGCAACCGGGCUCUCCCGCCCUUCCGAGCUCCUCAGGAGACCAAGAGCCCGAAAUGGACCGAGGUGCCAUCAAGAUCUAACACGGUAGAGGGAAGGAUGCAGGAACGCCGCAAUGUACCUGGCAAUAUCAUAAUUCCCGGGCCCGCUUCUUCAUCCGCAAAUCACCCUGAACUGCAUGCCGCUUCCACACUCCAAACUCGCCGCGCAAUGAAGACAAAUGGCAGUGAGCCCGGACAGGGCCGGAAUCUGCUCACCGUGGAGACGCGCCCUCAUUUCCGCAAGCCCAGCGUUUCGAGAGGCGCUGCAGCGGGUCCCACUCUGCGGACCGUUGAUGAAACACAAGCUCUGAAGGAUGCUCUGACAUUGGUGAACUCCAAUGAUCUAGCAACUCCAAAGGUCCGCGAUAUCCACGAGAAGCGACUCCCCACACUACCCAACACUCCUUCCUCGGUCAUGGAUGAGGCAGUGCACGCCUUGGACGAGACCGACAAGGCCAUGAACGCUCAAGUCCUCCGCAGCCACUUCUCAAGUCUAACCACCACAACCGCCGAGUCCAUCCACUCUCGCUUUAUCCCCGAACACAGCCGCUUCUCAGAAUGGAGCACAGACACCGAGACCGAAACCGAAGAUAACUCACCCGAGUCGAUGAUCUCCACAUCCACAUUCAACCAAGAAACCACCGACUCCCCAGCCAUCGAUGACUGGCACACCCCAGAGCUAUCCCAAGCCAACGACACCGCAACAAACACCGACCCCAACACCCCCCCACCUGACCGUACACUCCAAACCGUCCUCCCCCAACUCCGCCUCCGGCGACAUCCCCCCCUGGAACAUGAAUUCCAUGGGCAUCUCCCUCCCCCAACUCACCGCCUGGGCAUCGACCAAAUGGACGAAGUGGAAAGCAACCCCAAACGCCACGCUGCCCUCUUCAGUGCCCUCGAGUCCAUGGAAUCACUUUCGUUAUCCCGCAGCCCAGAUGGCUCGCCCAUUCUCCUACCCGAUAUCCAGCGCCGCUCAGAUGCUGAGCGCAGCGAUGUCGAUGAGGAAGUGUAUCGACGUGUGCUCUCCCGUGCGAGCAGUGCUUCGUUCCGUGGGAAUAGCACUAUGCAGGAGAUUAUGGAUGAGCUGAGUUAUCUUAAGAAUAUGAUUCAGACUGAGAUGGAUGGGGAGCCGUUUUAG